AAUAAAAAAAAAGUCGACCGCCUUGCGUUCAGCGAUCACGACAGUGUUGGGGAGGCCUAGCGAACGAAAAGACACACUUAAAUUGCGCGAUAUUUUGGGGCAGCGAGAUCACGACGCGAUACUACCGUUACAGGACGCGACUUCGGCUCAUUCAAUCUUAAUUGGCGCGCCAAUUGGCCUCCUCCGCCGUCAAGAUGGGCUCGUCAGAGAAGCACAGCAAGAAGGACGUCGCCGGCGACGAGGCGGCGCGGCUGAAGAAGGAGAAGAAGGAGAAGAAGCGCAGCGAAAAGGACGGCGUGCACAAGAAGGACUCGAGCAAGAAGGACAAGAAGGACAAGAAGAGCAAGCAGGACCGCCUCGAGAAGGCGCUCGACGAGCACCUGCAGGCCCCCGCGCCGGCCAAGGACUCCAAGAUCGUCGUGCCCGUCGCCGACCCGGACGCCAUGGUCUCUGACAACGAGGCGGACGAGAUCAAGGCCCUGAUCGCAAAGGGCGAGGUUCCCAAGGGCGCUCUGGUGUCGUUUGCUCUCCCUCUGGCCGAUGACAAGGUCCAGAAGAAGGUGCUGAAGACGGUUAAGAAGGCCACCAAGAAGUCCGCCCUCCUGCGCGGUGUCAAGGAGGUCAACAAGGCCCUGCGCAAGGCUCCCAGCAAGACGGCCAGCACGACCGAAGUCCCCGGCGUCGUCGUCAUCGCCGGCGACAUCUCCCCGGCUGAGGUCAUCAUGCACCUGCCCAUCUACUGCGAGGAGCGCAAUGUCCCCUACAUCUUUGUCCCCUCGCGCGCCGAGCUGGGCGCCGCCGCGAAGACCAAGAGGCCCACGUCGGUCGUCAUGCUAGUCGCCCAGGGUAGGAAGCGGGACGGAGUCAAGGGCAAGAAGGCCGAGGCCGUCGUCGAGGACGAUGGGGAGGACGACUACCCCAAGGCCUACCAGGACCUGGUCUCCACGAUCCAGAAGGAGUUUGCCAAGCAGCUCAGGGGCCGGAUAUGAACCGUGUCUUUCGUUGGUGAAUUAGGGGGUGGCUGUCUGGGACGUAUCUACCGUUGGGUAAUAUGUGUGCGAGAGGGGAUACCAAAAACUUUCCUUGUGGGAUACAGGCGAUCUCGUGUAUUUUUUCCGGCGUUUCGGUGGGAUUUUCAACCUGGGAUGUUGCUUUUCUCCCUUUUUCCUCCAUAUUUGCCCGCAUUUCUGAUGUUGCUUCGGACUCUGCCUCGGGGUUAAUGUGCUCAGCUUGGAUAUUGGCCCUCACUCCUAACAGUGACAGCCAGGGCAGAGCUGACAGGCACCUACCGAGGUACCCAGCAGCACCUUUGACAAGCUGGACCUUUGGGGACUUUGCAAGCCCAUGUGCUCGCUAUGUGGCAGUAGUUGUGAUUUCAUUGAGCUCCAGCUGAUUGUUGUCAUUUGAGAGAUAUCGAUG